AUGCAGGAGUCAUUGUCUAACAACCUCGUUCCUCUUACUGUCAUUAAGGGCGCCGGCCAUGAGUUCAUCCCCCUCCCCCAGGGCGAGAACGCAACCACAGCCGACUUCCACUCUAUUCGCACCAAGACCGAGUCCCCAGCGCACUUUACUUCUGGAUUCUAUAAGAUUGAGGCUGGACCUGCACGACCUGCACUAUACAACUUUGAGGAGACUAAGUAUGUCCUCAACGGUCAGAUCGAUGUUUUGGACGAGGCUACCGGGGUCACCCACCACCUAGUCCCUGGAGAUUUUGCUUUCUUCCACGUCGGGUCUAAAGUCAAGUUCUCUACCAAGUCUUCAGGCUUUGCCUUUUACGCUGUGACUCGACCUGUCCGAGCUCCCCAUCCUAAUCUUGUUGGCCGAGAGGAGGAUAAAGCCAAGUUGUAA